GAGAAUGUCACAAAACCCACUAUUAACGCCAAUUUACCCAUUAAAACAGCAUCCUGAAUUUGAGGCGAUGAAUGAAGUCGACCAGACUAACCUGUUGAAUAUGUUAAAAUACCAAAAAUUCUUCCAGCAAGCGAUGGAAAGUUGCGCAUUUAAAACUGUACUGUCAGCUGGUGCUGGUUUCGGUUUGGGUGCAUUCUUCUCGCUUGUAUCAUCUUCAUUUGCGUUUGAUGAUCCAUUCAGUAGAACUUCUGAGCUAUCAAGGCAACAAAAAGCUAAAGAGUUGUUUAAAGAUAUGGGUAAAUCAAUGUAUAGACAAGGUAGAGGGUUCGGUUAUGUCGGUGGUUUGUUUGCUGGUAUAGAAUGUGGUAUAGAAGGAUAUAGAGGCAAAAACGAUAUUUAUAAUUCCGCAUCUGCAGGUUUCUUAUCUGGUGCUAUACUAUCAAAAUCAGCAGGAGUUAAAGCCGCGUUCGGCGGUGGUUUUGCAUUCGCUGCAUUUAGUACUGCAAUUGAUAUGUACAUGAAAAGUGCUCCGAGUGAUAAUGAUUACUAAAAAGAUGUUAAAAUAAUUAUAAUUAUAGAUUGCAUUUCUUUGUAUUAUAUAUACUUUCAACUUGGC